AUGCAUCGAAAAACUCGCGUUGUUUGUGUUUCUGAUACACAUGCUUACGCUCCCGCAGAAGCAGGCUUCAAGUUGCCUGCAGGGGACGUCCUGAUUCAUGCCGGGGAUCUGACUAACCUUGGCAGUCUAUCGGAGUUGCGUAGAACUAUCGAUUGGAUUGCCAAGUCAGAUUAUGAGGUAAAGAUUAUAGUGGCUGGCAACCACGAUGUCUCGCUCGAUCCCACGUUCUACGCCAGACACGGCACCGGCUUCCAGAAGGGCCAUCUAGAAGGUCCACAGGAAUGUAUCGAAGCCAUUACGAAGGCUUCUUCUUCUAUUCUAUACCUCAGACACGAGUCAGCAGUAGUCCGUUUAUCCCGUCCCGAUGGCCCAAAAACAGUGUUCAAAGUAUUUGGCUCGCCGUAUUCACCAUCCAGUGGUAAUUGGGCGUUCGGAUACGAGACGGCUGAUGCGGAGGCCCUCUGGGACCAGAUACCGCGGGAUACGGAUAUAGUGAUAACCCAUACACCUCCAUAUUCACACCGUGAUAACCGAGCGACAGGAGGCCCGGUCGGAUGUGCGGCAUUGCGUCAGGUCCUGCAGCGUGUCCGGCCGAAAUUAGCAGUAUGUGGCCAUGUACACGAAUCGCGAGGCUAUGAACGAGUACGGUGGAUUUCUGCAAGUGAAACCGAUCCCGCGGCCAAGGACCAGGUGAUGGUGGUGCCUGGGGUGCUGCCACCCCCGGGAAGUAAGAAGCAGAGCCUUGUUGAUCUUACUGGGAAGAGAGCCCCGCGCUUGGAUAAUCUCUGGUCGUGGGCGCAUGGGGACUGUACGACAUCACGCACGAAAGACCAGAGCCUUGUUUCUGGUUGCUCUGGCUCUGGCUCUGCCACGAACGCGAACCGGUUAGCGAUGGAGAGACGACAGAUGACAGAGUAUGAGGGAGCGCGAGCACCGCGACGAGAGACGUGUAUUGUCAAUGCAGCUAUCAUGGGCACUAGUUGGCCGCAUCGCGGAGGGAAGAGGUUUAAUACGCCGAUAGUGGUUGAUCUGGAGCUUCCGAUGCAGAAGGCGCUUCCGCUGGAUGAGGGUCCAGGAUACGAUAAGCAGUGA